AUGGCGUCAAAUACAACAGUCGAGAACCUGGACGUCCCGGACGAGUAUGUCGGCCAUACCGUGGUGCCGUGCGCCGUCAUCUCUACCGUCAUUGCGGCGACCUUUGUCGGUCUGAGAUUCUACACGAGGGGCGUUUUGAUACGGAGGUUAGGGCUGGAGGACUGGUUCAUACUCGUGUCGCUUCUUUUCGCUCUCGGCUCCAUGGCCGGAACAGUCGCCAUGGUCGAAGCUGGACUCGGGCGCCAUAGGCAAUACCUCACGACAAAGCAAUUCGAGACGUACCUCCAGGCCAAUCUCUUCACCUCGAUCCUCUAUUCUGCCUCGCUUACCUUUACGAAGCUCUCCAUCCUCAGCCUCUACCUCCGAAUCCUGACCUACGACUAUACCCAGCUUGCUACCAAGCUCCUCAUCCUCACCGUCUGCCUUUCCCAUACGUAUAUCCUCACCAACCUAUUCGUCUCAUGCAUACCUCUCAAGGCCUUUUGGGACUUUCCUCUGCGAAGGACAUCGUAUUGCCACGAUAGCUCCAUCUACUGGUCGAACUACGUCCUCCACAUCGCUACCGAUUUCCUCAUCUUUUGCUACCUUUACCCAGUUUGCGCCGUAUCCGUCCUCCGAAUGGUCCUCUUUCUCGACUCCAACGCCGCCGAUAAGCCGAACCGCGGCGACAUCACCUUCACGACCAUUAGCAUGGCGAACUGGUCCAUGAUCGAGAUCUGCGCCUCCAUCCUCUGCGCCUGCCUACCCACGCUCAAGCCCCUCAUCAUGCGCAUCGUUCCCAACUUCUCCUCCCGCUCCGGCACCCCCGCCACCGACUGGCACGAUGACGUCGCCGGUAUGGCCGGCUACGAGCGGCCCCUCACCAUCGGCACCCGCCCCAGCCGAAGGAACAGAAACCUAUUUUCGGCCCGGGACCUACUCGCCUCCUUAGCCAUGACCGACGACGGAACCCGCGGGCCUAAUAGCGGCGUCGACCGGCGCCUGAGCGGAGCGGACGACGUCUCUCGAGAUAGCGACGUCGAGCUGGGCGGCGCGCGGAGAUUGAGCUGCGCUUCCUGCUCCGACGGGGCGAGCUUGCACAAGGGGAGGAUGCGCGAGGAGGAGUACGCCCUCGAGGAUCUGACGCCCGUGGAUAGAGAGGACCCGGAGGCCUUUCGGGACGGGGCUCGGCCGCUUUCCAGGAAUGAGAAGCCCCUGCAGUCCAGUGCGUCAGACCCAAAAUCUGCCACUGAGUAA